AUGCGCUCCAGCAUCGCCUGCAUCCGCUGCCGCCGAUCAAAAGUAAAAUGCGUCAACAGCGGCGUGGGAACAACAUGUCGCGCAUGUGAGAACUCGGGCCGAGAAUGCACAUAUCCGUCACCCGUGACGAGUGGUGGUGGUGGGAGUCGGCGGCGGGAUAGCUUGCCGAGCCGGACAGAUGCAUAUGGAGAUGUCGAGAGACGGCAGAGGCCGAGAAAGAGCACGCAGACGUUUGCUGCGAAUCCCAUGUCGGCUUCAAGGGAGAGUCCUAGGCCGAGACUGGAUGCGUUGGAUUCGAGAUUGCUUACGCCGACGGUGUGGCAGGAGCUGUUUGAUAUCUUUCAGACGCAUUACUCUGCGGACCUUCCGUUUUUGCACCCGCCGACGUUUUUGAAGCCGUUGAGGAGUGCUCAUCAGCAGAGUAUGCAUCCGUCUUCAGGCGAGCCAACAAGUCCGAGACCACCGGCAUCGACGGAGUUCCUCAUGGCUUUUCUGGCAUUGACUGCUCGUUUCCAUCCAAAGCUUGUUGCACAUCACUCGCCACCCACAUCAACUCGACCCAGCAAUCCACUGAUAGCUUCCGAGUACUAUGCUGCUGCCGCGAACGAGCGUGUGGCAAAUCUUUGGAUGGACAACAAAGGUCACGACAUCGAGCGAACACAGGCGAUAUUGAUGCUGGGACUGCACGAGUGGGGUAUGUGUAGAGGUGCGAAGGCGUGGUUGGCGAUUGGUACGGCCAUCCGAGCUGCUCAGGCGAUGGGUCUGCAAUACGAAUUGGACCUGGAUGAUGAACCGAUGUCUCGCUCGUUGGCAUUGAAUGGCGAAGCUGAGCGGAUGGGCGUCGAUUCGAGUCGCAAAGGCUCGUCAGCAGAGGCGAUGGGCGAAGAUGCGUUCAUCCAGCAGGAAAUCCGACGACGAACGUUUUGGAGUUGCUACAUAAUGGAUCGUUAUCUCAGCAGUGGGAAGUAUCGACCGCAAAUGCUUCACGCAAGAGAGCUUCGCAUUCAGCUACCCGCCAGUGAACGAUCUUUUCUUUUUGCCGAGAAAGUGCGUACUCUCAUGUUGGGAGAGGAAGACAAGACCACUGCCGGUACUGGAAGGGCAGAAGUUCAGCACCAUCGUCAGCAGUCGGUGAUGCGUGGCACAUCAACACCGGAGCCGAGUGCAGCAUCCUCACCGCAGAAACAGUCUCAGCAGGAGACGGAAGAGGAAAAGGGGCGUCUCGAGACUGGAGCGGAUGAGGGCCUGGUCAGCCGAUACGUGAAGAUUCUUGAAAUCUACGGCAAGGUGAUCAAAUGGUCCUGCUCUGGAGGGAGGAGGACUGAAGAGCAUCCGCCUUGGGAUCCGCGCUCAGAAUUUUAUAAGUUACGUCGACAGUGCUCGGAGUUCAAGACCAGUCUUCCACGGCAGAAUGGUCUCACAGCACAGAACACUCAGGCACACAUCAGCUUGAAAACAUCGACACCUUACACACUCGUGCAUACUGUCUAUCUGCUAUGCCAAAUCAUGCUCCAUCGCGAGUAUGUGCCCUUCAUACCGAUCCGCUGCUCAAAACCCGAAGGCCCUUUGGAUGCACCCACAUUUCCUCCGGAUAAGUUCCAGAUCCCACCAGGCUUUUGGGAGGAAAGCGCCCGCGACUGUUUUCGGUCGGCUCGCGAGAUCAUGGAUCUUGUCAGAACUUGCCAGGAGUGGAACGCUCUUGUCGAAACGCCGAUUGUCGGAUUUGCCAUAUAUACCGUUGCGUUUGUUGGAGUCUACUGCAUCAACUUCCCUUGGAUGGAUCCUGCCGGCUACAUGUGUACCCGACCGGAAUCUUCUGACACGCCGUCGAACUCGAAACAGAGCGAAAGCAAAGGUUUCGAAGCUGCACGCAAGGCCUUGGAGAUGAUUGGGCAGAUGCGGUCCAAACUACAGAUGGCUGAUGGCUGGUUCAAGACCAUCAAUCGCAUGCAUAAAUACUUCCGAAAGCUGAAGAGCGAUUACCGGAAGUCUGCCCAGGCGAUGGAGAGCUCGUCGGAAGGCGACAGUCCCGUCAGCACUCGGCAUCUCAGUCUUCGUGAAGGAGGCACUGGUGGCGGUCUGGAUGAGUUCAAGCUGCUUGAGCGGACAUUACACGAAUUUGGAAAUCUCGAGGAUGAGGACGUCGAGAUGACAGAUGGUCACGGCAAUGACUCCAGACCUCUUGACGCGGUCUACGACGAUAGCAGCGCCGGAUCUACCGUUAAGAGUGAAGAGCCCGGCGAUCGCGUUGCACCGGCCAGUGGACCGACCAGGCCCGACAGUGGCGCUUGGAGUGCCAUUAAUGCGGCGCCGAGCGCUUCCGCUGGUGCCGCGAGUACAGCAGCACAGGUCAAUGGCCAUUUCCGAAGUUAUGAAUCUUACCCGCAGCAGCACCAGCAACAUUCACAAAGCCCAUCACAACCAUCACACCAUUACGCUCAACAGAUUAACGGUUUCCGGCCGUCAUUCUCCGAAACACCUUCAGGAGCGCCUCCGAGUCUCACCUCGACAUCCGCUACUGGCACGACUCCUGGAUCGCAGCCUUCUCCACCCUUCGACCGCCAUCAACCAACAUCAUACGGCACUUGGCAGGCUCAAAACACCUCCUACUCCAUGCAGCCGCCACCAUCAAACCCAUACACCAACGGAAUCAGCCAUCACGCGCAGCACCAUUCCGCAACACCCGUAGGAAUGAGCCACUCCCUCUACCCAACUCCAUCUCACUCCGUCCAUCCCUCGCAACAAAUGCAACAUCCUCCACCGCAUGGUCUUCCUCAGCAGCAAGCUUGGGAUCCCACGACCAAGGAAGCUUGGCUGAAUAGUAUCGAUACACGCUUGGGUGGUGAUGAUAUUGCUGCUUUUGUUGAUGGAGGGGAGUUUGCGGAUUGGGCGAAUUUGGCGGCUACGCAGGGGUUUGGUGGGGGGUGGUUGAGUACUGUUUGGGGAGGUGGUGGUGGGGGAGGAGGGUGA